AGACGCCCAAGAUCCAGUGUGUUUCAGACAGCCAUGGGCAUGGAGGUCCACAGGCACCACUCUCACCACUGAGGGGACAUCAUCACUACAGGGGAUCACAGCCAAACAAUCCGGAUUACAUGACCACAACAUACAGAACAGCAGCUGCAUUGCUCUGAUGAAAUCGAUUUGAUCUCGUAUUCUGACAAAGAAAGGGAACUUAACGGAUUACGCAGAGUUAGCUGUUUUUGCACAAGCUCCAGGCUGAUUCUCAGCACCUCUUUCACAGUUUGAACACUUCUGUGUGUUUUCACACUCUUCCAGCCUUCCUUUUUCUCAGGUUUACACCACCAUACUCUUUCAAAAUGGUUGUGGGUAAGAUGAAGCUCACUUUUCAGAAGAGGGUGAAGCUGGCCCAGGGUUUAUGGAUGCUCUCGUGGUUUGCAACUCUGGGUGGAGCCGUCACCUUCGCUUUAGGAUGCUUCCUAAAGACUGAGCUUCGAAGGAGGGGAGAGGUGAUGGACAACACAGACAUCCACUGUGUGCCCAACACUUUGAUGAUUGUGGGUCUGGCUUCAAUGGGUAUCAAUUACUUUGCCAGUCGAAUCUGCCAGGAUGCCCUGGAUCCCGGCCGGUUCCCGCGAUGGAAGACCUUCCUGAAGCCCUUUUACGGAUGCUCGGUCUUCUUCACCACGCUCAUGCUGAUUUCAGUCAUCCUGAGUUACGUCAUGAAGGGCAGCCUGGAGACCUCGCUGAAGAUCGGCCUGAAGAACGGCAUCCGCUUCUACAAGGACACCGACACCCCCGGACGCUGCUUCCAGAAGCAGACCAUCGAUCGCCUGCAGAUGGAGUUCCAGUGCUGUGGAAACAGCAACUACAGGGACUGGUUCGAGGUGCAGUGGAUCAGCAACCGUUACCUGGACUUCAGCUCGAAGGAGGUCAAGGACCGCAUUAAGAGCAAUGUGGACGGCCGUUACUUGAUUGACAGUGUGCCCUUCAGCUGCUGUAACCCUAGCUCUCCCAGACCCUGUAUCCAGUACAGAAUCACCAACAACACGGCCCACUACAACUACGAGCACCAGACCGAGGAGCUCAACCUCUUCAUUCACGGCUGCAGAGAAGCCCUGGUCAACUAUUACAUGGGGCUGAUGAACACCAUUGGAGCUGUGGUUCUGUCCGUCUUUCUGCUUCAGUGCUCAGUGUUGGCCAGUGUGCGCCUCCUGCAGACGUCUAUGGAGGCCGUGGCUGGACAGGACAAUGUGGAGGUGGACAGCGAGGGCUACUUGCUUGAGAAGGGAGUGAAGGAGACCUUCAUGGAGUAUGUGGAUCCUGUGCUGAAGCUCCUAUGGCUGAACGAGGUGACCCCCGCUGAAGCCAAAGCGGAAGCAGGGGCCAGCUAAAGAGCUAAAGAGUCAGAUUGAGGGAUGACAACUAAGAAAUUCAUUUUAUAUAUCAGUUUUAAUGACAAGAGUUGAGUACAUCAUUAAUACACUUAAAUGGU